GCUAAUUGGGCCGCGCCGCCGCAUCUCCUCGGCGUUUGGCCGCCAGAGCUGAUCAACGAGUGGGAGCGACUGUACGCAACCCUCAAAUUCGCUGUGAGCCGCUGCGCCGAUCAAUAUAUAUAUUGGCACUCACUCACCAAAACAGUUGAUUGGGCCUGUCAGCUGCUCGUCGCGCAACAGUAGUGUGGGCAACAGUAGUGUGGAGCGCAUAGAAAUCAACGAGCAGAGCGCAGAGAAAUGGAGCGCGUCGAACCGGUACCGGCAGGAAUCAUCGAGGACGCCGUCGUCGUCGGCUGCGCCGCGUUCCGCGAGGACGCCAAUACCAAUCCACCGGCGCGGCGGCCCGCGGAGAUCCUGGAGAGACUCCCAGACCGCGCGCCCGUGAACGGCGGCAUCGCGGGCGGGCCGCGGCCGCCGCUGCCGAACCGCUUGGAAUGGUUUUGUUUUCCGGAUGGGGACGUCGCGCCCGUUUUACGAAGACGUCGCCCGCCCGACAGCGUGCACUGGUUCACGCUGCACGACGAGCGGACGCGGCCGCUGCGGGGCUGCGUGCUGACGUCGUGGCGGCGGUGUGCUUCCAACGCGGACGGGUCCAAAGCGCUCUGGGUGCCGACGGCGCUCUGCGUGCUGAGUAGGGUGGGAGUGGGCCCGGCGCUGGAGCUCUGGCUCCGCCAGGCCGCCGUCGUGUUGCGAGAGGACGCAACGUGCGAUGUGUCGCUUCGAAGAAGGCUCGUCCAGCUCGCCGACGAGGCGCCGAAGCCGGCGCGGGGCAUCUUAUCGAUCGACGUGACGGGUCCGCUCGGCCGGGUGAUUUCGGUGAGGGAGCACCGCUGCGGCACGCGCGGGAAUGUGGGAGGCGAGGGCGCGUGCCCGCCGCCCCGGGGCGGCGGCGGAUCGAUCCGAUUGGCAGUGCUGCUGCUCGGCGUGGACGGUUUAAAUGCGGCGCUCGCGGCCGUGCUUCUGGAAAGGCCGUUGGUGCUGCAUUCUUGUGAAUGCGACUCGCUCACGAGGGUCGCCGAGGCGCUCGUGUCGCUCAUCGCGCCCCUGGAGGUGGCGGGUGCUUACGUGCCGGUCCUGCCGAAGCCCCUGCUGGAUUUGUUAGACGCACCGCAGGCGUACGUGCUCGGCGCGAAGAGCGCGUGGCUGCCGCGCGACGAGAAUCGGAAAAUGGCGCUGGCCAAGGGCGUUGUGUGUGUCGAUUUGGACUCCCAACGAAUAGACACGGCCUACCCGGCGUUACCGCCGGCGAUGCGUGCUGAGGUGGAGGCGGCGACGCGGCGCGUCCGCGCGCUGGCCCACGAGGCGCUCGGCGAAAUCGUCGACGAGGACGCGGCGUCGCGCGACAUGGCGCUCGUCGCGGCCGAAGCUAGGUUGCAGGCGACGGUCGCGCGGCACAUCGUGGCUUUGCUCGAUCCGCCGCGGCGGCCAGGCGAACCCAAGGGGAGCGCCCUGGACCCGCGGACGCGGGGCGUGGCCGCGGUGGCGCGGUGCGCGCCCGAGGCGCGGCCCUUUGCGCGGCAGCUCGUGGAUACCCAACAUGUUCAACAGCUAUUCGAGCUUCGGCCGAACGCUCUUGUCAAGGCGCGCGAUGCGCUCUUCGAGGAUGCGGACGAGCUCGAGUGCUGCGACGUCGUUUUGCGGUGCCACGGGCCGCGCGCCGACGCGUACACGUACCGAGUGCCGCCUCCGCUAACGGGCGGCGACGCGACGGACGACGAGUCGACCGACGAGGAGACGGCCGACGACGGCUUCGCGUGGCGGCCGCGGCGCCUGUUUGGCUCGUCUAUGACUCCGCCGCCGACGCGCGUCUACCGCUACGGCGUGCUUGCUGAUUUAUUGGGCGCGACGGUCGGGGACUUGCGCUGCGCGCUCGAGCCGCCCAUUGAACCGCCGGUGUUGGUCGACACGCCUCGCGCCCCUGCGGUGCCGCCGCCGCCGGGCGCCGCGGGGACUCGGGACGCGGCGCCGACGAAGCCGCUGCGGGAGUUCACGCCGCCCAAGGCGCCGCGGGAGAACGGGAAGGGUGGGAAGGGGCGUAAGACGAGGUAG